AUGCUGCUUGGACUAGAGUUUACUGUUAUUCUUCUCUCUUGUAUACAUGCUCAGUAUCAGCCGCCGGCAACUCGUCCACCACCGUACAACCCUGGACCACAGCCGCCGCCACCGCCACCACCACCGUACAACCCUGGCCCACUGCCACCACCACCGCCGCCACCGCCGCCGCCACCACCACCACCAUACAAUCCUGGCCCGCAGCCACCGGCUCCUCCAGGUCCCUACCGAGGUCCCGCAACUCCGCCAGGCCCUCCUAGCCCAGACUAUCCAGUACAACCUCCAUAUGUUCCCAAUCCUCUUACAAAUGAAUACGUGCAGGAGUCAAUCGGUAACUGUGCAGACAUACUCGACAGUAUGGUAAAGGAAACGCGCAACAAGAAAAAUGCCAAGCUUUACAGAAAGGCUUCGAAAUCCCUUCGAAAACUAUUCCGAUUCACCUUUGAUAAGGAUACGCUACGUCAGCUAUCAGGGAAUGUGCAGCGAAUGAACAAUGCAAAUAACAGAUAUAAGAACAAAUGCCGGCGGAGUACAUCUGAUAUUAGCAACUACAGCCAACUCGAUGGUCAG